AUGCCAUCACGACGAUGCUGGUCAAAAGAUCUAGAUGAGCUAGAUCUCAACCUCUCCCUCCCGGUUCCCGGUAGGCGAGUUCCCGCUACAAGCUUCUUAUACUAAUAGGUGAGGCAUAGAAUUGGCUUAGAAUUCCAAAGACUUCGACUUCGCGCAAUGACUGAUCGAGAUCGCAAUGGAAUAGGGCUAACGACGGGCUAGUAUUUCACCCACCGUCAUGCAUAGGCAUCAUUACUGUCCCGGGAGACAGAGUAGUGACUUCCUAGUGUAUUGGAUCAGAGUAAAGUGAACUUGUACAGCAUCUACCUUGCUCCCCCCUCGCGUACUCUUCGUGCUCUAAGUGUUAGACAAAUUCACAACGACUGGACAUGGGCGUAGAUGCGAUGAUCGAACUGGCCUGCUGUCCACCGUCCCCCACGCCCCCCUUCUGCUUCUACGCGGACCAGUUUCCACUAAGUUCUGAUCUUACAAGACGCCAUAAGAACUAAAGGAAUCAUUGCAAUCUGACCGCAGAUCUGAGAGAGAACUGGAUUUUCUUGUCACCUUGCUGCCUUCCAACGCGUCCUGACUGCGUUCGGUCCUAUAGCUACUGUGGGUGUUGGGAGGGUUGUAGCAGCCGCUCCAUUGCCUACUUAUUACGCCGUUUCUCUGUCCGUCGGCCAUCCCAAUCCCCCUGUGAUAGACUGCACAAAGUCCUUCGAUGACUGGACAAUAAUUUUGUCAUCAAUCCUAACGGCGAGACUAGCACUGACAGCAUUGAUCGCGUCAAACCAGCCUACGUCGAAGAAGGUGAACCGACUUCAUCCCAGUACUGGGCUCAGCCACAGACGGUGACGUCUCCACCCCAUUCUGACGACUACUCACGCCCGAUUCGCCGCAGCAAGUUCGGUCGUCAUGUUCACUGACCCGACAGAUUUGAGGGUGGCCAGCCAGUCUACUCCCUCACCGCCUUUGGUGUCUGGUAGGAGGCGAGAGUUUUAGCGGCCGCUCCAGUACCCCCACAUCCUCGACGCCCCACAAUAUAAUCGCACAGCUUGCGCAAAAUAACCUAUCACCUUAGAGAUCAGUCAAGUUACCAGGCUGGCAACGGUAGGCUGUGUGCAAAGUAAUAAUAAACAAAGUAGGACCUACUCAAGCAAGUAUAGUAGGUAGUUUUGUAUUAUACAACUAGCUGCAGGGGCGAAAACGACAGCAUCUUUAUAGAGAAUCAAGAUGUCAGGUAUCAAGGAUUCCAUCAUUUGAAUUCUUACCAAAGCCUGAUUACUUCAGUAGAAUAUAUUAAAAUUUAAAGACAAUGCUUCCGCCUGUAACUAAUAAAUGCAGGGUAAAUUUCGAAAUUUCGGUGUUAAUAGGAGAACUUACACCAGAAACUCGGAUUUUAUCAUUAUUCCUAAGAGCUAUAGGAAGGAGGGUUGGGAAUUGACAAACUAAUUCAACGGUCGGAGGACGAGAACAGGUACUCCGGCAAACUACCAAUUCAGGCUCUUUUGGUAUCCGUGAUUUAAGCGGGUACCCUUUCCUGGACAAUCUGAACGGUUAUCUUGUUAACUAAUUAUAAUUUCUAUACAUAUAUGACAAAUAUUUCGUGUAUUUUGUGAUUUCGUACCACCAGGACAUUCCAUAAGGCGGAUAGAGGUAACUUUAGAACACACAGAGUCGGAAAACUUGAGACCUACUCCACUUUCCAACUGUGUAAAUUCUCUGUUUGAAAGAGUUUACUUCACAACGACCCAGCUGCGUCAAUUUCAUUUGUUUAAAAUAGCCAGGGAGUGCUCGCCGUGUAUCUUUUACCCCGCAGUUUUGCCGAAAUAUGCACAUGGUGAGGUUAUUAUACUUCUGGUCUAGUAAAAUGACUCAGGGGCACAGUUUGCCCUUUAAUAUGAGGACGCAAUUAGCGCCAGGUUUUAAGAGUGGUUUCUUUCAUCAUGCUUAAUGCAAAAGUCAGCGAAUCAUACUUUCACGGAAUCUGACUUAAUCAACAGGCUGCCGCUUAGAGAUAACCAAAAUGAAGCAGAGAAUCAACUCGUGGUUUUGAGAAUAGAUUUGGCCAGGAGGACUUUACAGACAACGCAUGAGAAGGUAAUCUCACCUGCAGGUACCUCGAGCUGAUAGGUCUGGGAGGCCACCACAUGGAUGGAGAUGAGCAGGGCCCAGCAGAAGGUGGCGAGGAUCGUAGCACGCCGUUGCAUGGCUGGGCACCGCAAGUCGAUUUGAGAUCUGCGGCAGGGUGCCUGCGCAACAGCUUCACGCAAUUGCUACUAGCUGUAGUACCGUUCUCCUCUCGAUUGCCGCAACCCUGCAGAGGUCGAGGCAGGGCACUGGCAUUCGAAUGCAGCGCUCGUCCGGCCGCCUGCCGCGUCAUUCGCCAGGGUGGGCGUGCUCCCCUUUCCCCUGCCCCAGGGCGGUUUUGGCGUUGGCAACGUGCGUGUGUUGACCCUGGUGCUCGACUUUUCGCCGGCGGGCGCUUCGAAACAACGAACUUGCGCGUCCUCCUCUGCCGCCACCCCCCUUCCUGCUACCUCCGCCGCCGCCGCCGGUCCCUUCUGGUUCCGUUGCAGUCUACACAGUGCACGCGACCGCUCCGACCUUCUGAUUGGUUGCGGUGGCGGUGAGAGUGAUGCUGUUGGUGUGGUUCCCCCUGACGAUCACUUUGCGUCGGCGGCAGGCGUGGGGGGACGGCCCUUCAUCUGA